CAGGGUGGCGGGGAGGGAAGGGUCCGGUGUCGGCAGUCCGCAUUCCCCCUUUCCCCCUCCUCCGCCGCUCCUCAGGCCGCACCGCAUCCGGAGCCCCUUCCCCGGCCCGGCGACGGCGGACUGGGGCCCCGGGGCUCGGCCGGCUGUGGGGGAGGGGGCUGCCUGGUCUCGGCCCCUGAGAGGGGAGGGGCGACAGUUUCUGUCCGCCGAGCUAAAGGGGUUUAAAGGGCGGCUCUUAAAGGGACCGCAGAAGGGGCCCGGGGCCGAGGAGGCACCCCCUCCCCAUCCGCCUGCUGUCGCUCUCGCGCGGGGUCGCUGGGCCGAGGGGGGGGAUGCAGAGGAAUCGAACACUGGUCGCGGCCGCUAAGGGGCCAGAGCCCUGGCUAGUGGAGUUGGGCCCGAGGUGGCCGGCCAGCCGGGGGUCUGGGCGGGUGUGGUGAGCGCGGACAGCGGAGUUUGGGGAGAGGGGAUGGGCCUGGGGAGGAGAGGGUUAAAGGUGGGGCCAGCCGUACAAAUACGCGCGCACACACUCCUUACUCAGACCCGGUCACACGCGUUUCCCUGGCACUUAAGGCGGGGCAGUGUUGGGGCCUGGGCCUGGGCCCUCUUCACCCCAGGCUCCUGCUGCCCGAUUUUGGGAUGUCGCGGACCCCACUGCCUCAACUCACACCUCGGGAGCCCCCUCUCCUACGCGCACACACGCUCUGGCGCGCGCGCACACACCUCGGACAUUCCCAUAGUGCCUCACGUGACACACGGCCCCGAACGUGCCCACCCUUCACACACGCUCACGCACGCGUGCACACACAAACACACAGGGCCUCCUGGCCACUUCCCCACUCCCUCCGACCCCCCCCCCCCCGCCCGCCCGCCCGCAGCCCCGCUAAGGCACUCAUUGACUGUGAUACACCUACACUCAUUCACAGACACACACAUUCCCCCCACACAUGCCAACCACAGACACACAUUCAUAAACAGGGCCAGGAAAAGUACACACGCACCCCCUCGCCUACUCUUUCGGGAGCCCUGAGUCAUUCCUGCCCCCGCUCAGGGCUCCCCAUUUCCCUCUGUGCAGGCACACAGGCCAGGCUCAGAAUUCUCUGUCAGCCCUGCGCCGGGCCCUCUCCCAGAGCCCCCGUCCCCACUGUGUACCCUCAGACACUCAGCCGAUGACCUCCUGUGGGUCCCGGGUCAGGGGUGUGGAGGGCCUGGAGGGUUGCCACAGCCGCCCGGCCUGGUGUGAGUGGGGGAAGCACUUCCUUUUCCUGAGCUCUGGGAUCCUAGAGGAGGAAGCCGGGGAGUUGGGCAGGGGCCCAGCAGAGGAUGUUCUGACAGUGGUGGGGCUGACCCUCCCAGAAGCACUGGGCCUUCCUUAGGGAGGAGCCAGGGGUGCCAGAGGCCUGGCAUGAAGAGCUUGGAAGAAAGGAGGCCCAGGGCGGGCUGUGGCCCAGGCCCUUGCCAUGGAGUCCAUGUUUGAGGAUGACAUCAGCAUCCUGACCCAGGAGGCCCUGGGGCCCAGUGAGGUGUGGCUGGAUGCCCCUGGAGACCCCUCGCUGGGGGGGGACAUGUGCUCCGCCUCCCACUUUGCCCUGAUCACGGCCUACGGAGACAUCAAAGAGCGGCUGGGGGGCCUGGAGAGGGAGAAUGCCACCCUCCGCCGCCGCCUCAAAGUCUACGAGAUUAAGUACCCACUGAUCAAUGACUUUGGAGAGGAGCACGGCUUCUCUUUGUAUGAAAUCAAGGAUGGCUCCCUGCUGGAGGUGGAGAAAGUCAGCCUGCAGCAACGGCUCAACCAGUUCCAGCACGAGUUGCAGAAGAAUAAGGAGCAGGAAGAACAGCUCGGGGAGAUGAUCCAGGCUUACGAGAAGCUCUGCGUGGAGAAGAGUGACCUGGAGACGGAGCUGGGGGAGAUGCGGGCCCUGGUGGAGACCCACCUGCGGCAGAUCUGUGGUUUGGAGCAGCAGCUGCGGCAGCAACAAGGCCUCCGGGAUGCAGCCUUCCCCAGCCUGAGCCCCCCACCUGCCCCUGCCCCGCCCUGUGCUGAUCUGGACCUGCACUACUUGGCACUAAGAGGCGGAUCUGGCUUGAGUCACGGCUGGCCAGGCCCCACGCCGAGUAUGAGCGAGCUGGAGCGGCGGCAGCUAGAAGAGGCUCUGGAGGCUGCCCAGGGAGAGGCCCGGGGGGCUCAGCUUCGGGAGGAGCAGCUCCAGGCUGAGUGUGAGCGGCUGCAGGGGGAGCUGAAGCAGCUGCAGGAGACCCGGGCCCAGGAUCUGGCCUCCAACCAGUCAGAGCGUGACAUGGCGUGGGUGAAAAGAGUUGGGGAUGAUCAGGUGAAUUUGGCGCUGGCUUACACGGAGCUGACAGAGGAGCUGGGCCGGCUUCGGGAGUUGAGUUCCCUGCAGGGGAGGAUCCUGAGGACUCUGCUGCAGGAGCAGGCUCGGAGUGGCGGCCAGAGGCACUCGCCGCUGUCGCAGCGCCACUCCCCGGCCCCCCAGUGUCCCUCGCACUCCCCGCCGGCCCGAGCGGCGCCCCCUUGCCCCCCGUGCCAGUCCCCCGUCCCCCAGCGCCGCUCUCCCGGGCCCCCCUGCCCUUCGCCCCAGCAGCGCCGCUCGCCGGCCUCGCCCUCCUGCCCGUCGCCCGUCCCGCAGCGCCGCUCGCCGGUGCCGCCGCCAUGCCAGUCCCCCAGCCCGCAGUGCCGCUCCCCAGGGCCUCCCGCCUGCCCGGCCCCGCAGCCCCGGCCCCCACCACCCCCGCCGCCCGGGGAGAGGACACUGGCCGAGCGAGCCUACGCCAAGCCGCCCAGCCACCACGUGAAGGCCGGCUUCCAGGGCCGGCGCAGCUACUCGGAGAUGGCGGAGGGCGCGGGCUACGCGGGCGCCUCCCCGCCCUGGCUGCAGGCCGAGGCGGCCACGCUGCCCAAGCCGCGGGCCUACGGCAGCGAGCUCUACGGCCCCGGCCGGCCCCUCAGCCCACGGCGCGCCUUCGAGGGCAUCCGCCUGCGCUUCGAGAAGCAGCCGUCGGAGGAGGAGGAGUGGGCCGUGCCCGCCAGCCCGCCCAGCCCGCCCAGCCCGGAGGCUGGCGCCAUCCGCUGCGCCUCGUUCUGCGCUGGCUUCCCCAUCCCGGAGUCGCCCGCCGCCACCGCCUACACCCACGCCGAGCACGCGCAGUCCUGGCCGUCCAUCAACCUGCUGAUGGAGACAGUGGGCUCUGAUAUCCGCAGCUGCCCCCUCUGCCAACUGGGUUUCCCUGUCGGGUACCCCGAUGAUGCCCUCAUCAAACACAUUGACUCUCACCUGGAGAACAGCAAGAUCUAGGGUGCCUCCCCCACCCACUGGCUGUUUCUUCACCUUCUCCCAUCACCCCCAAACUCUCACUCACUUUGAAUGCUGCAUGAAUCUCGUAGGGGGCCCCUGCCCCUUGCGACCCCCAGAUACCUCCACUAGCUAUCGAGUCAACGUGUGCACCAUCUUCCCUGGUCCAGGCACCACUCAGCCCUGGCUUUUCCCAGGUCAGCUGAGGCUCUCCCCAGCUCCCUGGCUUCUGCUGGGGAGGUGGGGAUCAGGGCUGGGGUGGGAAGGGGCAUAUCCCACCCAGCCUCUCCCUCUGCCUUUCUGUUUUCAAACGGUUGGAUCCAAGAAGGUGUCUAGUGCUUGGGCCUGGGGGAGGGGAGGGUAUCAAAAGACUCCAGGAGCUCCCCUAGCACCUCCCCAGAUGUCCGUCUUUCUCAGGCUGUGCUCUGUCCAGGGAAUGCCUCCCUGUGGGGUCUCAGAGCCUCCCCUGCACACUGACGCCAGUUCCUCCAUCCCAUGGCCAGGUCGGGACUCGCCGUUCCCUGCAGGCCAACCCUGUUCUCCCCCUCUGCCCACCCUGGAGAGGAGAGGGAGGACCCUGGAGGACUGGGAGCAUCCAGCCUAAAGAGGCUGCCCUGAGGCGCCAUGACCGUCAGGCUAGGGAACUAUCUGUACCAGCCUCCCAGGCCUAUGCCCUCCUCCUGGAGCCCCCAGCACCGAGGCACAGAUUGUUAAGGCAGAUGCUUCCCUCCGCCCUGACCCCACUCAAGCCCCGACACCACAGGUGCCCUGGAGCCCGGGUGUGACUCAGCCUCUGUUAGCUGGGUGGGUGUCAUCAGCCCCGCCUCCCAAUCCAGAACCUGAGGAUAGGCCCAGGGUGCUGUGGAGAUCAACUUCAAAAGAGCUAACCCCCUUCCUACACCCCAGAGCCCCACAUUCCCUCUGUGAAAUCUACCUCAGAGUCGAACCCUCAGAAGGACGGGUAAGCAGGAGGCCAGGGGGUCCCCAGGGCUGAGGUGUGGAGCUUGCUGUGGCAAGAGCCUGCCGCCCCACGAUGAGUCCGCCCCCCUCCACUGCAAGCCCCUCCCGGGUCCCAGCCCGGUGCGGGCAGUGGACGCCACUGUCAGUGCAUGUACCUUUCUGAUCCAACUCUUCCAGGUCCCCCACCUCCUCACAUCCCUCCCCCCCUCCUCAGUGCAGGGGAGUGAGGGGGUGUGUGGGGCAGGGAAGGGGCUGAGGACUCCAGAGACACAUGGCCUUGUACCUUGAGUGUCCCCCUAGGGAGGGGGAAUGGGGAAGGGGGACUGGAGAGGGGAGUGGGGCCCCGAGCUCUCUGAACAAGUUGGAAGUCCAAAUA